AUGCCUGCAAAACUGCGCAAUGCGCUCCAAAGGAGUCUAUCGCGCCCUCUAGACAACACCGGUGUCUUCUACUGCCCCUCCUGCUCAACCUGGCGCCGAACGCUCUCGACGCGUACCAACGGUAGGGCCAAAAUCGACACUGCGCGCCGAAAUGCCCACCUCCUAGAUACGGUGCCGACUGCUCGCACCCGACCCUUCACGACUUCACCCGCGAUAUCGGCUGGCAAAACGGUGCCACCGCGGUUUAAGGAGCUGUAUGAUGCCUUGAAUGGAGUCAAGGAUGCGGCUAUUGAACAGGUUAGCGUUAGUCGGUUGUCGCUUGCGCUGCGUGGGUUGGAGUCGGAGGAGCCUUUGAUUCGGGUUGCUGUACUCGGAUUGGACAAUGCAGAUGCUGCGCGCAAAUUGGUUCGUUUGCUACUCGCUGACCCCCUUGGGCCGCGCGAAAGUUGGGAGGAUAUACUGGAGGGCUAUGACUCUGAUCCUUCGCGGGGUCUACUGAUUCGGUACGGGGAGGUCUCCGAGACUAUCCCCAAUGACCUCCUUCCUACUAUCACAAUCCGCUCGCCUAUCUUGAAAAAGGGCAAUCUCGAAAUCCUCGUCAGUUCGAUUGGUUCCGAGCCAGACACAUCCGGUGCGACGUUAUCCGCGGAGUCAUUCCUCGUGCCAAAUGUCACCAUUCAAACAUCACACUCUGGCCGACAAAAUGUCGUGCGGUACCCCGUGCAUCGCAGUAUUAUCUGUGGUACUGGAGUUGAUGGCCUGCUCGCUUUCAGUACCUUGAUGGGUCGGUCAAACCUUCAGAAUGAGGUGGCAUCAGUGCGUGGCGCCAUCGAACUUUCCGUGGCGGAUCAGAAACGUGACAGUGGCCGUCUGUCUUUUGUUGAUCUUGAACGUGCUACUACGGCCUUGGAUAAGAUUCGUGAGUCCGUUCAGAAUGCUUCUGAAUACGAGCGCGGAUGGAAUGGUAGUGGUGUGCAGCCUGUUAUCGAUUGGCUGUCAACGAUUUCUCAGGCAGUGAACGAAGAAGCAUUAAACCCUGCGCUAGCUCCGCUCAUCGAAUCAUUAUUGGAUGCAGCGGAGAAGGGAGUUGUUGUUCGAGAUGCCGAGGCACUUCACGACCAGACAUCGGGAGUUACAUCCCCAGAGGUCCGCUCUCAACUUGAGAAUGGAAUCAGUACGUGGGCUGAGCAAGCGCACUCCGAGCUACGUAGCUCCCUGGAGGCUGGCUUUGCUAGUCCACGAUGGCGAGGUCUAGCGUGGUGGAAGCUCUUCUGGCGCGUCGACGACGUGAGCAUGAUCACAUCCGAGAUCCUAGAGAGACGCUUCCUCCGCCGCGCAGAGCGCGAUGUCAUCUGGACAUCCGGCAAGUACCAGCAGGCUGGCCUGCUGGAGGAAGCCACUCCUUCUGCCAGUCCCGAGUCUACCGAAACGGCCCCUGCCAAGUCAACACCACCUCCCUGGCCAACCCAGAUCCCGGACAUGCGCACAAAGCUGCUCACCACGACCGUUCCCUCUAUCCAAGCUCUCGCGCAGAGCCUCGUCCUCUUCAGCGUCUCCACCACCACCCUGACCUCCGCUCUCUCCGCUCUCACAUACGUCGCCGUCCCGUCAGCCUCCGUCUACGAAUCAUGCACCCUAGCUGCAAUCGGCCUUAUCUACUCUCUGCGCCGCCAGCAGAAGAAGUGGGAUGUUGCACGAGACUUCUGGGAGGAAGAAGUCCGUGAUGAAGGUCGCACUGCGCUGCUGGAGACAGAGGCGUUGUUGCGUAAGAUUGUACGUGAGGGUGGAAAGGAGAUCGAGGACUUGUCUGAUCAUCGGACGCGUGAGAUGAUUACUCGUGCUCGGAAGGCUCUUGAACGUGUUCGUGUCUGA